AUGGUCAACUUGUAUUAUCCUCGUACAUGUAGACGAAGAUGUUUUCGAUUAACAGGCCCUUUUAUAUUUGGAAUUCUAAUACUUGCUUUCCAUACGGACUUUUUAUCAUUUCGAAUAAGUCAAUAUACGGAAAUAAAUAAAGCUGAAUAUCAUGUUCCAGUAACAAUAAAACUAUUGAAUUAUUCGGAAGGUAAAACAUUAAAUACUUCGAAAGUCAAAUUAUUGAAUUCUUCAAGAGAAAAACCAGUACAUAGUUAUGAAAAUUUUACUCAAUGGAAUCGAUCAUUAUGCAGUAUUCAAUCAAAUCUUCGUGGACCAAAUCAAAAAGUGAUUGGUAUUUCGGUUUAUGGAACAUCAUCAAAAUAUACUGAUAAUGCAAUGUUUUCAUGGGAAAAAACUAUAUUUCCAUUUUUGAUACCACUUGCUGAUGAAGUUAAAUUACUUCUUCCAUCAUGGAUUAUUCGUCUGUAUAUUGAUUUUAGUGGCAGUACAAAAGCUCAACAAGACUUUCUUUAUAAUUUUUCAAAUAUUGAUAUAUGUGAUAUACACAAUAUACCUAUGUUUGGUUCAUCAUUAGUUUCAUAUUUACCAGGAAGAAUGUGGCGUUUUUUACCAAUAUUUGAUCCAUUUGUUGAUUAUUUUCUUUCACGCGAUCUUGAUUCACCGGUCAUGAAACGUGAUACUGAAACAAUUGAUAUGUGGCUAUCUGAUGAACAGAAAAAAUAUUUCUUCCUUAUUGCACGUGAUCAUAAGCAACAUGGUGUACCUAUAUUAGCUGGACUUUGGGGUGCAGCUCCCGCACGUGCUCGUCAUUAUUUAUUUUAUAUUUUUCAAUCGAUGCUCAUACCAUCAAUUGCUCGUCAAUAUACCUAUACGGGUGGUGAUCAAGAUUUUCUUGCAUAUAUUAUUUGGUCAAAUGUUAAAAAACAUGCAUUGAUUUUCGAUAGUUAUAAUUGUCGUAAACAGAGUGGUAGACCAUUUCUUUCUCGACGAACACUAGCUGAUAAUUGUUUUCUUGGAUGUAUAAGACCAUGUUGUACCAACAUAACCUCCCUUAUGGUGUAUAAUCGAAAAUAUAUUUGUCCACCACUUUGUCGACCAAGAGAUCAUCGAGAUUGGAUUUAUUGUUAA